UAGGGUUUGGUCUGACAUCUCGCGGAAAGCAUCGAAAUUAGUCAGUGUAGUGUUUGCUACGAUGGCAUCUGUAGCGACUCAGUUCCCGCCUCCAACAUAUUCAUCAUCGUAUUUUAUACGAAAUAUAUUCAAAGAGGAAAACACGAACGUGUCAGGAACAGAUUCUAAAGCAAGACUUUCACAGCUUGGAGAUUAUUUAGCAACGUUCUUGUCCAAGCGCCUGACGAACGACUCAGCAGAGAAACGAAAGCCGCCUUGCGACAAUGCUACCGCUGCGGAUGUGAGCGACUUCUGGCGACAAGCGUCGCCCGGGCCCACGGCGCUGAACGCAUUCCGCCGCUGGCGCCGAGGUGGCAGCAGCAGCAGCAGCAGCAGCGGCAGCAGCAGUAGCGGCGGCGAUGGCUCGUCCGGGCGACAGCCGGGCUCGGACGCGGCGCCCGAGGACGACCGCGCUCUCCUCAAGUUCCUCGCGCUGAAUGCGCUGGAGCUGAGCGCGCCCGCGACGGACGUGCUGCUGCAGAGCCGCGCGCGCUGGUUCCAGCUGUCGGGCCACCCCGACUGCUUCGCGCCCGCCGGCCCGGGCACCAUCUGGAAGAAGCGCAGUGGCGGCGAGGACGACGCCGAGCGCCGCGUGUACGAGGCGCUGGGCGCAGACCCGCUGCUGCGGGACCUGGCGCCGCGCUACUUCCGCGAGGUCACCUUCCGCGGGCAGCGCUUCAUCGAGCUGCAGGACCUGCUCGCCGGCUUCCGCGACCCCAACGUCAUGGAUGUCAAGAUGGGAACGCGCACCUUCCUCGAGUCCGAGGUGUCAAAGACUACGGCGCGGCACGACCUUUACCAGAAGAUGGUGCAAGUUGAUCCAAGUGCUCCGACACCAGAAGAACAUGAAGCUAAGGCUGUUACGAAACUGCGUUACAUGCAGUUUCGAGAACAACAGAGUUCUACUUGCAGUCAUGGAUUUCGCAUAGAAGCAAUGAAAUUUCGUGGAUCACCACCAGUCACUGACCUUAAGAAAGUAAAAUCUCGAUCAGAGCUACUCGCAACAGUGGCUCUUUUCUUAGGUGGUCGUGAAGAUGUAAGGCAGAGGUUGGUUGCGAGACUACGAGAAAUAAGAACGAAAUUCGAGCAGUCAGAGUACUUCAAAAGACAUGAGGUUGUUGGUAGCAGCAUAUUCAUGAUUUAUGAUGAUACAAAAGUUGGAGCAUGGAUAAUUGACUUUGCCAAGACUCACCCUGUGCCCCAAGGAGUGGAAGUCACUCAUAGGAAACCAUGGAUUCAAGGGAACCAUGAAGAAGGUUUCCUGUUUGGUCUUGAUUCACUCAUUCGUGUAAUGGAAGAAGUAGAUCUGAAACAGCCUCCAGAUUUUAAAAAUCCCAUCAUCCCAACUACCUCAGUUCAAUUGAAAUCCUGAAUGGAUGGACAGUAAUUUAAGUGCCAGUGUAAAGACUGAAUAACGGGGACCAGAUGCCAGUGAAGCAGUAGUGAUGUGUUGCUACAGUUUCCUGCAGUGUUUUUUGUGAGAAUGUGUGAAUUAGAAGGAAGGACAGACUUUGGAAGUCUCUGAUAAACUGUUUACUCAGUGCAGAGACAUCUUUAAUAAUAUGUAGGAAAUGUAUGGACAUUAAAACUGUAAACAAAGUAAGGUAUAUUAAAUUUCUAUUAAAAUUUGCAAACAGCUGUAUCUCCAAAAAUUACAGGUGAUUGUAAAUUUGUACAUUUUUGUAUUUAUUGUUUUUAUAUUGUUUUCAGUAUUUAUUAUAAUGAUUGUUAUUUCCUGUCCUUAAAUGUAUCAAACAUUUUCUAGUCGUCAGAAACUAAAACUAUAAGUAAAAUUUAUAUAUAAAAAUCAUAUGUCAGGUAAUAACUUUUACGUAAUAAUACAAUUUUCAUUUAAACAA